AUGAGCAUCAAGGCCCGUACUCGCCGACACUCACAAACAGGGCCUAAUCCUCGAGAGUUUACUGUUAAUCACCUCUCACGUAAACGCUCUCAAUCGAUGGAGCAGCUCACUCGUAACCCGCGAGUAGUCAAGGUUCCGAGGGCCGAACAAGCUGUCGAAUCUGACUCUGAAUCCGAUGUCGAGGAUAGUUCUGGACCAUCUGAAGAGCCGAGAGAAAAAGAGAAUGAAGAAGACGCGAUGGACACAUCUCCCGACCGCCCCACUCGCCCCCUUCCUAAUUCUAAACGCCGGGUGAUCCCGACGAAUCCGACGAUGGUACCCGUUCAGGCGACUGUUCCGCGUACACCCGCUCAAAAAUCCAAUUCACGACGGCUGAUUGUAGUACUUGAGCAAGCAUGCCUAGAGGCUUACAAAGUCUCUUCGAAUUCUGGGAAUGGACGGGAUGCAAAAUAUGCGUUGUUGAACUGCGAUGAUCAUCAAGGCAUAUUGGCGAAGACGGGAAGGGACAUUGCGGAUGCUAGGCCAGAUAUUACGCAUCAGUGCCUGCUUACUUUACUUGAUUCUCCCUUGAACAAGGCGGGGAGGCUGCAGGUUUCAACUUUUACACCGACUGAGCAUUCGCGGCGUAAUGGGUCUGAAAAACUUUUAAAAGUAAUCAAGAAUCCUGUGACAGAUCACUUCCCAACCAAUACAUACAAAAUCACGUUGUCCGGAGACUCUCAGACCGUGAAACUGUCAAACUACCUUCCUACGCUGCCUGAGACCCAUUCGAUUGCUGUAUUUGUGGGCGCGAUGGCCAGGGGGAAGGAUGACUUUGCUGAUGCUAUCGUGGACGAGAAAAUAUCGAUUAGUGAUUAUGCGUUAUCUGCAUCUGUUGCAUGCGGUAAAUUCUGUUGUGCAUUGGAGGACCUGUGGGACAUUGACUUUCCACAAAUCCUCCCUCCUGUUUUAGAUUCAGUUUUUACGAAGAUGCCUCCUGCUGCUCCUGUAGACCCACUCGCUGGACGCGUUGGCCAUCUCACGCCCGAACAAGAGCAGACGUUGGCCCAGUUCAAGGCAGAACUCCAGACCGAGGGUCACUUUGUUCCCGAGCGACAUGAUGAUCCCACAUUAUUGCGGUUUUUGCGUGCGCGCAAAUUUGACUUGGUCAAAUCCAAGGAAAUGAUAAUUGCGUGCGAGGAAUGGCGCAAGAAAUUCGGAGUUGAUGAUAUUGUCAAAAACUUUCACUUCAAGGAAAAGGAACAGGUAAACAAGUUUUACCCUCAAUACUACCAUAAGAUGGACAAGGAUGGGAGGCCUGUAUACAUUGAGCGGCUCGGGUCCGUAAACGUCACGGAACUGGCAAAGGUGACAACAGAGGAGCGACAGCUUCAAAACCUUGUGCUCGAGUACGAACGUUUCCUGCAUGAGCGUCUUCCCGCUUGCUCCGCGGCUGCUGGCGCGCCCGUCGAGACAUCGUGUACGAUCCUCGAUCUCAAGGGAGUUGGCAUCGGUAGUUUCUUCAGUGUCAAAGACUACGUCAUGAAAGCCUCCGCCAUUGGCCAGAAUUACUACCCCGAGACCAUGGGUAAAUUCUACAUCAUAAACACUCCGUUUAUGUUUUCCACUGUCUGGAAUGUAAUCAAACCUUGGCUUGACCCUGUCACUGUUGCGAAGAUCUCUAUUCCCAGCUCGAGUGCUACCGAGAAAGAGCUGUUGGCGCAGAUUCCGAAGGAGAACUUGCCCGCGGAUUUAGGGGGCUCUUGCAACUGUCCUGGUGGUUGCUCGCUUUCUGACCAGGGACCUUGGAACGACCCCAAGUACAAGGACAUGGCCAAGAACAAGGUCAAGGCUCCGACAGCUACGACAACUGCUCCAGAGGCCACCCCAGAGGCCACCCCUGCUGCUUAG